UCCGGGUACCGCAUUCCUAGGGAAAACAAUAUUCGAGUAUUCAACAUCAAGCUAGAGAGGAUUGCCGGCCAACAUAGGAAAAGUGAUCUUUCAGGUAGCGUAGCUCACGUACUUUAGUCAAGAUGAGUGAGCAGCUGAAGUUCAUCGUUCAGGAACUGAACAAGGAGCCAUUUAACAAGAACUACAACUUAAUCAGCUUUGACUCCCUGGCCCCUGAGAGCCUCCUCCAGACACUGAAUGAUGUAUUGGCAGACAUUGACCCGAAGAAUAAGAUUGAUAUUCGCGAGGAGUCAGCUGACCAGACCACAGUGAGGCUGAUGGAGACACUGCGUAUCUUGAAGUACAGGCCUCCAACUGAUUCUUCUAAUGUGAGUGCAUUUCGCCAGGGUCUUGUCCAGGGGAACAAGCCAGUGGUAUACCCCAUCCUGGAGUGGCUCUUGCAGAACAAAAGUGACCUGAAGAAGAGAGCUUACCUGGCCAGGUACCUGGUGAAGUUGAGCAUCCCACCUGAGUUUAUGGAUGAACAGAUGUCUGAGCUGUAUCAACAGUAUGAGAUGUACAUAGAAGAAUUCAAGGAGCUGCACAAGCAGAUGGAACAGCUGAAGAACAGUGGGUUUAGCACACAGGAGAUCAGGAAGGACAUUGCUAACAUGGAGGAAGAGAAAGAGCAGCUGAACAGGAGGGUGGAGAGAUUGAAGAGAAAGGUGGAGUCUCAGCCCAAUACAGGCCCAAUGCUGGCCAUAGCCAGAAACCUGAGGCUGGAGAGGGACAAGGAACAAAAGAUUGCCCAGCAGAAACUGGACCAGAAAAAUGCUUUGCUUCACACUCAGCAGAGACACCAGCGUCUCCAGCAGCAGUUAAAGGACUUGCAGCAGGCCAGUAUGGGGGCCACACCUGAAGGUCUGCUGGAAAGACUGGAGGAAGAAACCAGGGUCAACGCCUACAUGGUCAGAGAAAAGCUGCCCAAAGAAAUCGCCAUGAAGAGAAAAGUGACCCAAGAUCUCCAGAAAGUUGUAUUAGAACCAGCCAUGGGCCAAGCUGAGCUGGAUGAACUGAAUGGAAAGAUUCGUGACAUGAAUACAGAGAUUAACCAGCUGAUAGAGAAGAGAAUGAGAAGCAAUGACCCCAUUGAUGACAAACUGGCUCUCUUCAGGCAGCAGGCAGCCAUCAUUACCCGGAAGAAAGAGGUUGCUGCGGAAAACCUGAGAGAUGCCAGAGACGAGUUGGCCCGCACUGAACAGGAAUUGAGGGAGAAACGAGAUAUUCUGAAAGAACAUGAUGGAGAAGAGGUGUUGAAAGGAGAUGAGUUCAAGAGAUAUGUGAAUAAACUGCGUGGUAAGAGUACAGUGUAUAAGAAGAAGAGACAGGAGCUGGCAGAGAUACGAGCAGAGCAUGGAGUGUUGUCCAGGACGGAGGAGAUACUGAAAACCCGAGAUAAUGCUAUUAUACAACAACUGUCUGCCGUGGAGGCCAAAAAAGGUGUCUCUGGCUACAGGGACACUCAAGAGGAGCUGGAGAAAGUUUCCAGCGUCAAGAGCGAGAUGGAUGAUGUGAAGGGAAGGACACUAGAAGACAUUUCCGAGAUGGUCACCAAAUUAGUCACCAAAAUAUCGGAGAAGAAGAGCGCAUUAGCACCUGUCAUUAAAGAAUUGAGACCUCUGCGACAGCAGUGUCAAGAAAUUACACAAGAACAUGAAGAGAAAAAGCAUAUUUAUGAUACCACUGCAGCUGGCCUGGAGAGCAAUAGAUCUAAAUUAGAGCAGGAAGUGAGAGGGUAUAGAGAGGAAGUUACAGCUGAAGAGUCUCGGUAUCAUUAUCUCCACUGUAUGAAGCAGAUACUGGAGAACCAACAUCAGAAGAUUGCAGACGAAAUGAAGUCAUAUACAUCGUCAGAUCCCCAAGAGAGAAAGAAAGCUUUCAGGGAAAUUUACACCAAGAAAAUCCAGGAACAAGAAAAUUUGGGGAAGGGCCUUCGCGAGAAACAGAAGUACGUGCGUGAGAGCCAUGGACCAAACAUGCGACAGAUGAAGAUGUGGAAGGACGUGCGCCGUCUGCUGGAAAUGAAGCACAGUUGUUGGGACCAGGUCAAGGUCAAUGAGGGCAUGAGUGGGAACGUGAGCACUUAUGGCCAAGAUGGCGGCGGAGCGCCACAGGAUACUAACGUGUUCACGCUGUAGUGGUUGUUUUGUUUAUCACGUAAUCAUAUAGACAAAUGACUUGGAUUAUACUUUGGUGUGACAGGAUUUGAACAGAUCAAGUUCUACUCCCCAGUAAUUUAUUUUUCUUUAUUUACUUACUUAUUGUGAUUCUACUCUAAGUUUGCAUAUUUCAUUUUGAGGCAUUUAACUGGAAAUAUCAAAUAUCACUACAAACUGGCCAACAUUGAUCACAAUUUACAGUAGAAUACCUACAGUUUUCUUGUCAGGAUUUAUUAGAUAUUUUUCAAAUUGUAGUGGAAGGACCUUUUUUAAGUCAGCCCCUUCUGGAGGGGUCAUUGGAACAUUCCAGUUUUCUUCUGUUGAAAACAAAACACUUAGCAUGUUACAGAUUUCUGAUAACUGCCAUUGGUGGUUUAACUAGGAUGAACAUUUUGUAAUAUCACGAGGGCUUUCGCCUCAUGGUUAUUGUAAGGAAUCGUCACUCAAGUGAUUAACUUUCUUUUGGUUAGCCAGUUAAAUUGCACAGCCAAUUAUUUUGGUUUGGUUUUUUUUUUUUCCAUUUCAUUACAUUCUUUAUGUAACUAUGUUGUCAGUCUGUGAUAAGGUUUAUGUUACAUGCAUUUUAGUCUGGGGUUUGUUUAAGUGUAACAGUAAUUUCCGUCCAGUAAUUGCAAUUGAAUAUUGAAAAUAAUACUUAUAUCAGUUUUUCUUGAA